AGCAGCACCCCUGGGGCCCGAGCAAGUGGGGAGUCGUGGCAUUCGGCUGAGAUGGGAAAGCAGGUGGUCGGGAGACUGGUUCCCAAUGAACCUGGCCUGCCGUGUGUGAUUCCAUGCGCUAUGCAGCCCCUUUCAGUUAUUCAGAUGCGCCUCCGCGACCGGCAUCAAAGGCAGGGACACAGGAUGCCGCGCCGCAGCGACAGCUGAGUGGGCAAAGAAGCUCGGUGCCAGCCCAUGGCGACUUCCUGGUGGCGCUGAAGGGAGCGACUCGCAACUGGGGCAGAGGGGGCUUGGUGUGCACGCCUGCCCACACACUUGCUGCCCCCCCCACUUCCUUUGCUGCCCAGCUGGCACCCAGGAGACCCCUUCCCGGGUUUUCCCCAAUAGCCGUGAUCGCAAGACUUCCGGCAGGUCCGGAGAUGCCAGCCAAGACCCCCAUCUAUCUGAAGACCUCGACCCCCAAGCGGGGCCGGAAGCUGCGCCUGCGGGACGUGCUGUCGAGCGACAUGAUCAGCCCUCCGCUGGGGGACUUCCGGCACAGCGCCCACAUCGGCCUGGAUGGGGAGGGCGACAUGUUUGGGGAGCUCUCCUUCCUGCAAGGCAGGUACGACGUCCUGCCUCGCUUGUCCGGCCGAGGUGGCCCGUCGGGGUCGGUGGAAGCCUCGUUCGGCCACGGUCCGCCUGGGGCCGGCUACCGCACCCUGCUCAAGAGUGCCGUCUCUCUGCCCGUGUUCGGCGGGGGCCAGGGCCACGAGCAGGCCCCGCCGAAGCCCCCCCGCCUGCACUUGGAGGAGAGGCCCAGGAGUGGGGGGCAGCCACCGCCCCUGCCGCAGCAGCGCUCGAUGUCCAUCAGCUGUGCGGAAGGCUGCUUCCCUAGCGGGGCCGGGGGUCUCUCUUUCUCGGCCACGGCACGCUACGAUCCGCUGCCCUCCUCCAUCUCCUUCUCCUCGGCCGCUCUGCCCGAGGGUAGUUUUGUGGGAGGCGACGACAGCAGUUUCUGCGACGACAGCCAGUGCACGUCAGACCUGUCUCGAUCGGAGUCCUUGCUCCGGCUGGACCUUGAUCUGGGCCCUUCCAUUUUGGACGAUGUCCUGCGCAUCAUGGAGGAGUACCAGCGGCCCACCCCCAAAGCCCUGUAGCGAUGACCGGGCCACCAUCUCUCCCUCUUGGCUGGCCCUGUCCGUAGGGCUGUGGCCCCAUGGGGAGAAACGCCAGCGGUGGCCGGAAUGGGGCUGGGGCCGAGGAAGCCCCAGGGAGAAGUAGUUUGGGGGGAUGGAAGGAUUCUGAGCAAACUGCCGGAAGAAGUCAUGGCCUGGGGUCAACUCUUGGCCCCCCAGGAAUGGGCUUGGAGGUUUCAAUAGACCUGCUCUGGCCCCCAUCCCAGGUCCUCCCCAGUCAGAGCGUGCAUGGGAGCUGGCCUGCUGCUUCCUCCAAACGGGGCUCCUUUGAAAGGCCCGGUCUGAAUUGCUCCAGUCGAGGAGUCGGAAGAGAGAGGAGCCCUGUGGCCACGUCAGGCCAGGGCCAGUUGGAUCCCUCUCCCGCUUGGGGAAUCCGUGGGCUGCCCAGGGCACCCCACCCCUGCCCGGGGUCUGGCCGACAGAGAGAUUUAGUCCCCUGGUGACGGUGAAUGUGCCACCCGGCCAGCCACGGCAACUCUCCCCUGCGAGAGUGAUCUCUCCAACUCCUCCUCUGCAGGUCUGUAUCUGAAAGACAUCUAAGCAGCAGCGGGACAAAAGGACGUUCCGAGACAGGAAAUUCCAUCCUAGUGUAAAGCUUCUAGCUUUUCUGUGGCUGUCAUCCUCACUGGACGGCCCUUAAAAGGAAGGGCAAAGGAUCCUUUGCUUCCCCCCCCACACACACACACACACA